CGGCGGGGCGGAGCCGCCGCCGCUGUCAUGGCGUCUCGGGAUCCGUCGGCGGAGAUUCGGCCGCCGCGGUGCCACUAGAGCGCGGAGCAGCCGGGCGGCCGCCGGUCCGGGCAUGGAGAGCCUGGCGCAGCCCCCGCCGCCUCCGGGCCCGCUGAAGAGCGGCGGCGGGGGCGCCGCCGAGCGGCUCCUCCCAGGAGAGGCGGCGGCCGGCGGCUGCCGGGACGGGCCCGCCGAGGAGGGCGGCGGGCGACGCAGCCCGUCCCCUCCGCCGGCCCCCGCGGCCCCUCGGGAGGCGGCUCCCCCGCGGGGCGCCGAGAGCGCGGGGCCGACGCUCCCGGAGAGCCCCGGGGCGGCGCCGGGUUCGGAGAGCGGCACGGCGGGGGCCGGCUCCGGGAGCAGCGGGGCCGCCAGCCCCCCGGGGGAGGAGUCCCGCAGCCUGGACUCGCUGGAGUCGUUCUCCAACCUGCACUCCUGCUGCCCCAGCGGCUCCGAACUCAACAGCGACGCCGAGGAGGCGGUGGAGGCCGCCCCGGGGGGCCCGGCCCCGCAGCACGAUGCGGACAGGCCCGCUGCGGGCGCGCAGCUCCUCGCCGCCUCCAAGGAGCGCUUCCCGGGGCAGUCGGUGUACCACAUCAAGUGGGUGCGCUGGAAGGAGGAGAACACGCCCGUCAUCACGCAGAACGAGAACGGCCCCUGCCCCUUGCUGGCCAUCAUGAACGUGCUGCUGCUGGCCUGGAAGGUUAAACUGCCACCAAUGAUGGAAAUCAUAACGGCUGAACAGCUGAUGGAAUAUUUAGGAGAUUAUAUUCUUGAUGCAAAACCCAAAGAGAUAUCUGAAAUUCAGCGUCUAAAUUAUGAGCAGAAUAUGAGUGAUGCAAUGGCGAUUCUGCAUAAGUUACAGACAGGUCUGGAUGUCAAUGUGAAGUUUACAGGUGUACGAGUGUUUGAAUACACACCGGAAUGCAUAGUGUUUGACCUUCUUGACAUCCCUUUGUACCACGGAUGGUUGGUGGAUCCCCAGGUUGCUGACAUAGUAAAAGCAGUUGGUAACUGCAGUUACAAUCAGCUCGUGGAGAAGAUAAUUUCUUGUAAGCAGUCUGACAACAGUGAACUGGUUAGUGAAGGAUUUGUAGCUGAGCAAUUCCUAAAUAAUACGGCUACACAGUUGACGUACCAUGGGCUGUGCGAGUUGACUUCAGCUGUCCAGGAGGGAGAGCUCUGCGUGUUCUUCAGGAACAACCAUUUUAGCACCAUGACCAAAUAUAAGGGUCAACUUUACCUGCUGGUAACAGACCAAGGUUUUCUUACAGAAGAGAAAGUUGUCUGGGAAAGCUUGCACAAUGUGGAUGGUGAUGGAAAUUUCUGUGACUCUGAGUUCCACCUACGGCCUCCUUCAGACCCUGAAACUGUCUACAGAGGGCAGCAGGAUCAAAUAGAUCAAGAUUAUCUGAUGGCUUUGUCUCUACAACAAGAGCAGCAAAAUCAAGAGAUUAACUGGGAACAGAUACCAGAAGGAAUCAGCGAUCUUGAGCUAGCAAAGAAGCUCCAAGAAGAGGAAGAUAGGCGAGCUUCUCAGUACUAUCAGGAACAAGAACAAGCAGCUGCUCAGGUCCAGCAGGUGCAAGGUGCUCCUUCUCCAGCAAGUGGAAGACAAUCUGGGAGCAAUGAACGCAAACGUAAGGAGCCUCGAGAGAAAGAGAGAGAAAAAGAGAAGAAUAGCUGUGUUCUCUUGUAACAGUAAAUGGACGACAGCAUGGAGCCAAGUGCAUGUCCUCAGAAGCAAAAACAAGGAGUAAAAAGGAAGACAAACCCGUUACAUGCCGCCUGUGCCUGAUUACCCCACGGAUUUUGUUCACGUUUCAGGAGAAGAUGGGUGACUUUGUUACAAUCAUAUAGACUUUCUUCAAAGUCAUAGUGUGUGCUGCUUGAGAUGGAAUUCCAACUCACAGUUGGAUGUGGCUGUGCUUUGAGUUAGUCAUAAGAAAUACUGCACCUUGUAGCUGAAAACACAAAUUAUGGCAAGUUUUGUGUCAUAGUGACAUCCAUUAUGUAUUACAUCAGUAAGCUAUUUUAUCUUCCACUCUAAACAAAGGAGGUAACUGGUUUUGUUUAAGACUUUUUUCUUAAAGUAUGUACACUAGCACAACAGAAUCUUGUGUUAUUUUCAUGGUAUGAAACUAUAUCUUAGGCUGGGUAUAGUCUUCAUGACAUAAGCGCCCAAAUAACAGGUGGGUGUUGCCUCCUCAGUGUGUCCAGAUAUCUUUGCUUCUGGAUCUAGUACGUUUGGUUUUUUGAACCCAGAUUUAUACUGUGUUAGUGCUGUUGUUGCAUCUCUUUGCCAGCUUUCUUGCCCCAAGAAUACAUGACUUGAUCACAUAAAAAAAAAAUUGUUAUUAAAAAAUGGGGCAUUUAUUAAUGAGCAAGAUUAAUAUUGUUUGUUUUUCUUGCAAUUACAAACUGGGUAUGACAACUCAGAUGUUAUCAGGGUUAAACAAGUAAUUUUAUAGGUCACUUCCUUUAAGUAUUUUUUUUCCUUUUGUAGGUAAACUGGACCAGAUAGGAACUUAUUUAUUGAUCUCUCCAUAUGUUUGGUAAACAGUGAGAGGGCACUAAGGUCCAUAAUAAUCCUUAUUUUGUCUAAGAAUGAAGAGUUAAAAUAACUAUCUAUCUGCCUUUUUUUCCAGAAGUACCUUGAACUUUAACAUGACAUUAACACGUUCACUUGUAUAGUUGAGCAAGUGUAAUGUAAUUAAAUACAUACUUUGUUUUCUAAAUCAUAUAUCCUUACAAAGCACACUUAAGAAGGGGUGAGAGAAAAGCUAGGCUAAUCUCUUGAGAUAGUUUGGAAAGACGGUCAGGUGUAAUAUUUUGUUUUAAAUAGCUAAUUUAGAAUUUUUGGAAACCAGGUUUUUCUAAUUUAUGGGAACCAAACAGAGAUGUUGCAUCUUCUAGUAUCUAUAGAAUACAGGAAUGGGAUGCUCACUGAAUUUUGAGGGGACCACAACUCCUCCUCCACUUACAUUAAGUCAAUAACAGUUAUCUUCUUGCUGAACCUUUUUGAUAAAAUUUGUAUUUCACAAUUUGUAGAUACUUUUGAAAACAGCUGCUUCUCCUGGACAAGCCAAUUGCUUGCAUGAGUCUGGGACAGCUGAAGUAGCUGGGUGGGAUAUGACAUCCCUGCUGUCAGGGGUUUGGAUAAUGUCUGAAAGAGAGAGGCUGUCUAAACACAAGUUGACAACAAAAGCUGCUUUAAAACUAUUUCAAGCAGAAGUGCUGAGAUGAUCCUAGAAUGAAAAUUAGAUGUGUAAAGGAAGAAUGUCUUAUUAAAUGAAGAGCCAGUUUUUACCACUUUUUUAUUCCAUGUUUUUUUUCUUUUCUGUUUUUCAAUUUUGUUAUAAUUUUUGUUUUAUAAAGAUGAAGUAAUGAAUGGUAGGUCUCUAAUAUGUAAAGUGUAAAUGUAAAAAAAAUUGUGUUCUCUGGUAAAGUCAUGCCCAGGAAAGUCAUUUUAACACAUAAUAUACACAGUUUAGAUAUAUUUCUACGUCAAAGCAAAGGUUGACCACUUCUUUUCCUUUGCAGCAGCCUAACUUAUUCAAACAAACUAGUGUGAUGGAGGAUCACCAACAUAAUGACUUGUCUACAUUAAGCAAAUUACAAAAUAUUUCAGUAGUGUCAAUAAUGAAGACUUAAAGGCAGAAUGUUGUUUAAAAACAUUCUGUUACUAAGAUUUUUUCCAAAUUUGUGUAUUUACAUUUAUUUAUUACCCUUGAAAAAUAAAUAUGUCAAGCUAAGUGUUUGUUAUCUUAUUAUUUUCAGUACAGUGUUGCCACUUUAAAUUCUGUAACAAAUUUGAUUUGAGCAGGCAUUGUGGCUGUCGUAGAUGCUUUUUGCCUGAAAUACUUGCUUGUAUUAGAAUAAUUCUUGUAGUAUUUCUAGUUUCAGACAGAUGUGCCUGAAGCCUUAUGUACUGUAGUGAUCACAGUGCCAUUUGGUCACAAUGAAAGAAAAGUUAAAUGUCAUCGUUCAUCACAAAGUAAGUCUAGACUCCCCAGUAAUUCCAUGUCUUUUUCAAUAAAAGAGUGAAGUUUUCAGGUUAUUUGAGAUGACAGGGAUGCUAUUCAAACAAUUUUCUGUUAAUAUACUGUUUUCUUUACAGGACUCAAGGCUUUGGAGAAAAGCUAAAGAACUCCUGAGAAUCUAGGGCAUCGUUCUGCAUGGGUUGAGUUUGCUAGUGGCAAAAGUUAUAAGUAAGGUGAGCUUGUUAACAUCCAAAACUAAGCAUCUGGAAGCUUAAUUAAUGCCUUACUGUGACUAACUACUUCAAAAGUAACUGUCACAGUUGGUAUACAAGACAAUAUGUGAUGAAUUAAAAACUGAACAGAACCUCUUUUAUCUGUAGUAGUGAACUUGGAAAGCAGUAUCACGAAGUAAGCAGGGAGCACCAGCAAAGAUGCUGUGUACUUCUGGCACUGUUUACUUCACUUAUGCUCUUUUUCAAAGCUUAUGUUCUGGCAAAAAGUUAUCCUUGACUUAGACUUAGACUUUAAAUUUGUUAUAGAAUUUAGCAUGUACACACUACAACUACCUACAAAAUGUAUAUGAAAAUGUCAUAAAAGUAGAGUAGAGCUUGUUUUCCACUAGAUAAAAGCUAGCACAGAAGAAUCAUAGAAUUCCUUCUUGUUAUGUUAUAGCUGUGUAAUAAAGCUCAGUACAAGUAUUGAAAUAAGCAAAAAGUUGAGCACUGCCAUAUGUUAAAUGUUGUUCUAAAAGGCACUUUAUAAAUUCUCAAAUCUACCACUUUUCUUAAGUGAUAUUAAUAUGUAAUCUGAGGCCCAACAAAGCAGAUCCAAAUGAAGAUUGUAACAUAAGAGAAAAUAACAUUCCUGAAAAUACACUUAGACACAAUGCAAAAAACAUGUUUUUGUAGCAAGCCAUCCACUUAAUACAAUGAAGAAUGCAUUCAGAUUGUCUUAACAGAGCUCUUCUUGUGCAUCACAGACAUGAGAAUUUAAAAGCAUAUGCUCUUCUGUAUAUACUUGCAUUGGAUUGAUAGUCAGUCUCUACACUUGAUAUUUCACAUCACUGUCAAAUAUUUCUUCAAAAUUAUAUACACAAGUUCUUGAAAAAAAUUUCCAGUUAUGUAAUAAAAGGUAAUUCAGCUUCUUGAAAUUGCAUCUUCUGGUGUAUUCAGCAGGAAGUACCACAGUAAAACGUGAAGCUGAUAUCUUGUAACUGAACCCUUUUUCCCUGCUACAUUAGACCUAUAACCCAAAGCUAACUCAUUGGCUUGAGCAAUUUUUUUUUUUACUGUCAGGAUGCUUACUGCAGUAGCUGAAAUUUAUACUGUAUAAAUCUUUAAAUACAACGUAAUGAAUCAAGAACUGUAUUUUAUAUAGAAACAGACUCUUAGAGGUUGUAGUCCUAAAGAGAUGACUCAACAAAUGCAGGUUAAUUGAUGCAGUGUCAUUGUUAGAAAGCAUAUUGCAGAAAAGCAAAAAUAACAGCCUUUAGUUUGGUUGAAGUGUAAUGCUCACAUUUCUCCAUCUAUCCUAUCAGACUUUGGUAACAAGAAAAAUCUGACGCUGAUAUGUGUUCACAUAGUCCAGUGACAACAAAUGUCAAUGCAAGAACUUAAAAUGUAUGCAUUUUGUUUUGUGCAGUUACUUUAUUUUCUGUUAAGCAUAUUCAGCACUAGACUGGUUGCAGUGUUAUGUUGAGGAGGAAGAUCUGGUGAGGUAAAUGACGCUCAUCCAAAUCCACCUACACAGAAAUCUCUUUGAUGUUAAUUUUCACUGUGUUUUUAUAUAGCUCCAUCUUGUUAACAGCUUAUUUUUGUAGUUGUCCAGUAGAAGAGCAAUGUAUUGAAGCUCAGUUACCACUUCCUAUGAAGAAGUGUGGUGGGGAAAUAGAGUGGAGUGACUAGAACAUAAAGAUCUCUGUGUCACAUCAUUUUCUUGAAACUGGGAAGGGAUUCAUCCCUAAUUUUGCUGUAGCAUAAUAAGUACCUGUAGUACAGCAUGUACUGGCCAAAUCUUCUCACUUAAGUGAUGACCAGCAUACUUGCUCCAUGUCUGUCCCAGUACAUCUCCUCUUCACUGUCAUAGUGUUUCUAGGCCAAGGCUAGCUGUUCAAACAGUCUGAUGACUCAAAAUUUUUAUUAAAUGUCUGUUGUCUACUGUUGAAUUUUGAUUUUUGUCAGAUCUGCCACUUUGAGCUCUCUCACCUGAAGAAUUACCUCUGGAGAACUUGCUUUAAGUUCUUUACUGCCUUUAACAUUACUGUUCUCGUUUAUACGAUUACUUUUGCUCUUGAAGGUUGCAAUGAACAAUUCAUUAUUUUCUGAGAAAUUGAAGUAUCUAGUUAGUUAUCUUUAGAAGUCAAAAUACCAUGUGUGCUUCUACAUGGCAGCAAAGAACAACUUUGAACAAAACGGUAGGCUUGGGAAAUGCACAGGGGGAAUGAUUCAGCUGAGCAACAGUACUCAAAAUUUUUUAGCUUAAAUAGUAUACUUAACAACAAACUAUUUUGUACCAAUAUGAAAAGGCACUGUCAGCGCUCAUGUCACUAGUUGAGUCACACAUUUAAGGAAGUAGGUGCUGAUGCUGUGGCUAACAGCCUUACUGAGGCCAAAAGUGAGUGAAAUUUGACUCUGCUACAAACACCAAGCCAAAUCGUGGUGCUGGGUGGGGGCAUAAAAACUUCACAAGUUUUAUAUUUAUUUCAAUUAAUUGAGAAUGUCCUUUCAAUUCAAGUCCUGUCCAGUUUAUGAAUUUCACAAUAUGCAUCACUUAAACAAGGGAAGUGAUGUACAAGUGAUGUGAGACAGUGCCUUUAGCUCACACAAACUGAGAUCUCCUGAGCAGAAUCCAGAGAGGUAGAGAUGAAGUAGCACUAACAAUACUGUAUUGCUACUGGAGACAGGACAAUAUGAGCUUCACCGUGCAAUGUGUCAAAUCCAAGUAUCUAACUGUCCUAAGUCCAUAUUGCAAUUCAUUAUUUGGACUGACUAUAGCAUGACUAUUUCAGCCCAUGCCAAAGGUGCACUUCUUUGCUGUGGAAAAAAAAUACACAAUUAGACGACUGCUUUCUUAAUAGGCUUUCAAAAGACCUUAAACUGUUCUUUUUGGAAUUUUUAGUCUUGGGAAAUUAAUAAAAAAAAACUUUGAGUAGGAAAUGUAAUGAGAUUUGACACUGUUUUUUCUUUUGUAGUACAGUUAUAGGGAAGAUAAUAUUGAGGGGGGGGAAAUGCAAUCAAAUUUAAUUUUGUAUGAGAAUGUUGUAUUUACUUAUAUAUGUUGCAGUCACCUUUUAGAACUGAUAAAUUGCUUCAUCAGUAACAAGCCUUUGCUCUAGAAAUAAAGUUAGGAACAGAUUUAUUUAUAAACAUGUGAUGCUGUUUUUUCAGCUUUAGUUUUCAUUGUAUGUUGCUAUAGUUAACAGUUCAAAACUACCUUACAGUGACUGAAUAUGUUUUUGGAUCCUUUCAACUUUGGGGGCAGUAUUUCAAUACUUCUAGCACUCCAAAUUUUUUGAUUGUCUCUCCAGUCCAACCUCCUACUGAAAUGAAUGAGGAAGAAACUGAAACAUGGCAUUUCAGUGUAGGCUUAAGCACACCAGUCAUGCAAUUCAUUACAAUUGGGAAAUCUUGGAGUAAACAAGAGUCUACUUUUUUAAGCGCGUCUACUGUCAAAUUGCCCUUUGUGUUUUUAGUAUGCAUAUUCAGUACUCUGGCUAUAUCUAAGAAAAGUUCAUUUUCUCCUCAGUAUUUUAGUGCCAAGGCAACAACUGUUCUCUUAAUUGUAGGUUGGUUUUUCAUCAUUAUUGUUUUAUUGCAGAUUAACUAUAGCCAAAAAGAUCUGUUUUAUGUUAAUUACUGCUUUUGUUUAUAGCUGGUUUUUGGUGGAGUCCUUUAGCUUCAAAGCAGAUUUUAUAUGAGGUGAAUAAAUAAAAUGUUCUGCUUUCUUUGUUUUCCUUUUUUUUUUUUUGCCAGUUACAGCUGUGGUAGGCUUUAAAAUGGAGUUCUAUUUACUACAGAAAAAGAAUAAUUACUGCUUUUGGAAAUAAAAUUUUUCUUUCACUUGCAAAAGUUUACUAGCUCGUUGUCUUAAAGUCUAUUACAGAUACAGUGAACCUGCCUGGGAAUUUUUGAACUACGUAUGAUUCAGCAAUUUGCAUUUUUAUCCUGACUAGUUGUAAUAAUUACAUAUUCAUUUUAUAUGCUCUAAUUACAGCAGUAUGUUUGCAUUUCUGGGUUUCUUACAUACUUCAACUUUGCACAUGUUCUUUAAAAACCUAUAAAAGAAUGAAAUGCUAGUGAAUUGUACAUUCUCUACUGUUGACUCUCUUACCAUGUUGUCUUGAUGUACGUUUUAACCAAGUAAUUCAAAGCCAGAAGUUACUUCAGAAAAGUGCUAGAUUUCCUUUCUGAAAUAGAUCCCUGUGUUCAAGCUGCUGUGCUUGUGUAGACCUACUGCAACUGUGCAAUUGCUUAGCUGUCUUAAAUCAGAAGUUUAGUUGCGAGCCCAAAGCUUAUUUGUAAUAUAAAUGGUCUGGUUUAACAGGAAAUAUACAGAAGCUACUAUAGGUUUACUAGAAAAGGGAAGUUUGAAGUUGUAAAUAUGUGUUUUACAAGUAUGACACAACUAAAUGCAUUCAUGCAGUAUCGUUUAUACCCAAGUAUGUGAUGGAAAACCUUUUCAUUUUGAUGCUACACCAUUACCCAGUAUUGCAAUGGUAUCACCUAUUGCCUGUUUUGUAUUUUCAAAGCCUUAAUUGUUUAUGUUAUAUUUAUUUUUUAGAGACUAUGAUAAGGAAUGGAUACUUUCCUUGUAAACUGUUAAUUUUGAACACUUAAAUCAUUUUUGGAAAAGUUUAAUUCUGUACUUAAUACCCUUUUUGUUUUGUACUACAAAAACAAUAUUGCUAAGUUACUUUUUAAAGAAUGUCUCUAAAGUUUAAAAUAUUUACCCUGUUGAGAUCUAUUUUGAUUAAUAGCCUUCUAAAAAUCAUCAUCUGUAAAUAAAUUUCAUUUAGGUAUUUAAA